AUGGGACCACCUAAAGGGUCGAACAAGCCCAUUGAGUCCCAGGGCCAUGUGUUACAUGAUCUCAACAUAGCCCUUAUUGUCAUCACUACCGUCAUUAUGAUUCUACGACUGCAUGCCCGAGGAUGGAUGAUCAAGGCAAUAGGACUGGACGAUCUCAUAGCUAUUACCGCUUUUGGCUUUGUUAUUGCCUUGUCGGCUUUGGAAAUUAUCGCAGUCCACUAUGGAUCAGGGACGCCGAUAGACCAGCUUUCUAACGAGCAGAUUAUUGCCUUCUAUUCGAUAAUACCUAUCAACGAACUCAUCUCUAUCCUUAGCUGUGGCAUUGUUCGCCUAUCUAUUCUAACGUUCCUGCCCCGUCUGAGUAGAGACCGCAUUUAUAUGCGAUGUAUCUGGGGCGUGGGGUUCGUUAUCGUUACUAUCACCUCAAUCGCCUUCUUCUUUAUUUUAACUCAAUGCCGACCUAUUAUAGAACUUUUUAAAGCUGCUAAGCCCAAUCGUAACUGCAUCAGCUAUAAAGAACACAUCCAUAUGAUAUGGGCACACUCGAUUGUGGGCGUCUUUAUAGAUCUGGCUCUCUUCAGCCUCCCCAUUUGGAUCAUCCGCACCAAGCUGACCUUGAGCCACAACUCUCUUCAGGUUAUGCUUAUCUUUUGUAUUAGUCUCUUUACUAUUAUUACCGGAAUCAUCCGACUUGGCUUUCUAGUCACCACCGACUUUACUACCGACUCUACUUAUAAGAUGAUCCGUAUCGGCUCCUGGGGCACCCUCGAAAGUCAUGUUGGCCUCUGGUGCGGCUGCUUCCCAGCCCUCCAACCUUUGCUCCGCCUCAUCUCGUAUAAGCUCGGUUUCCGUAGCCGCCUCGAGAGCUCUAACAAGACGGCACCGUACACGAAUAACGGCCCCCAGCAGGCUAGCGCGAUCGACCACGAGAGGGAUGGCAGGAUCGGCCAGGUUACAGUGUCGGCGGGGGAUUCGACGACCGAGUUUGUGAUGCUCGAGCAUGUGGACCAGGGCAUCCAUAUACAUACAGAUACGGUGGUGCAAGUAGAGGAGGGAACGCAUGUGAGAGAGCGACACGAGGUCAAGACUGCGGCAUGGGAUGCUAUCUAG